AACAGGUUAUUACCCAUCAACUUUCUUGGUUAAAAUGAACAGAAAAUGUUUGCCAACAUGUUGUCAGUCUAGCUAAGUACAAUGUAAGUACAUUGCAACUGCCUGAUUGUUGAAUAAUAAUUCUUUCCUGUGUUUGCUAUUAAAAGGUUAUGAUAUUGUGAUGGAAAUAAUUAAUGUAAAAUUAUAUUUUACUUGCUCCUUUGGUUUGCUGUUUUAGGGACUUGGUUUUCAUUCUUACAUUGAAGAAGUGAGAUCAGUUCUCCAGGAAUGUAAAACACAGGCUGCUGUAAGUUCACUAUUGAUAAGAUGGUGAAAUGUUAUAAUGAACAAUAUGUUUAUUGUACUUAGAAUAAUUUUUGAGCUUCUGGGAAUUGUCCCGUGGUAUGACUUCUCCAACCAAAAUAACCUUCCAUACACCCUGUAGAAGGGCGUAACUUUCUCUAGCUGUUAUGGUUAAGUGUUGGUUAAUUACAACAGAACUUCCUCUUAAGGCUUUUUUGCUCUAAUUUUCUUUUUUCAGAUUCUUUAAUUCAACAGUUGUUCUUAUUUGCUUAUUUUUCAACAGAACAAAAGAAGAGCAAGCACACGACUAGAGAAUCUGGUACGAUUUAAUCAUUUUUUUAACUCUUCAAUGUUCAAUACAUGUAUAAGGUUUUUAAUAGUGCAACGCUUGUUAUUCUUGUUCAUUAACAGUGUACUUUACCAGUGUUUAAGGCAUUGCAUGUGAAAUAGUGUCCUGAAUGGUUGUUGCUUAAAUUGGAUUAUAGUCCAUAAUUUCAAAAAUAAUUGCAUCAAUAUCCACAUAUUUUGCAGUUGAUUUUUUAUUUCGGUUAAUUUUAUAUUUCCUUUGUUUCAAAUUCAUUAGCAUCAUUACCAUAACCAAAAACAAUGGAAAAUAAAAAUAAACUGAGAUGAAAAAUUAACUAUAACAAAUAGUUUGACAGAUUUAUGUUUGGAUAAAAAAAAUUAUGUAUGUAAAUGUAUCAAAUAGGGCAAUGGCUGUUGCAGAAUCAGUGAAAAUCAAAACUAAACUGGCUUGAAAUUUUCAAACUGAAGAAAACUUUGAACCGCGACAUUUGAACUACAUAUUAUUGCCUCUUUAUUUUGUUCUCCAAUACAUGUUGCUGAAGGCUUAAUUGGUUUUCUGUAAACAGUUCUUCUGUCAAAAAUUAUUUCUUGUUGCCAUUGUGGGUUUUGAAGAGGACACAAAACAUUAAAAUUUCGUUGUUAAUUAACAGUGGUAUUGUUGCCUUUCAAGGGUAUUCCAGAGGAAGAACUUUUGCGGCAACAGCAAGAGCUGUUUCAACAGGCACGUCUCCAGCAAGCUCAGGUAAAUUAUACUUACAGUAAAUACCUGUGACUAAGAAUCAAAGUCUAAAAAACUGGUUUAAGAACCUGUUAGGCCCCUGAUAGGCUUGCCAGUUAAGCUCCUUCUAUACAAGAACCUUUGUAGCCUAAAAUUUGAAACAGGUUCCUAUUUUCUAAAAUCUAUAAAAAAAAAACUUGGUACAACUGGACAAAUAUGUUAAGUCAAUAUUCAGAAGCCUCUUUGGAGACUUAGAUGCCUUAUCACUCUAACUGCAGUGUAAUGGUAUAUUAUGCUGGUAUGCAGGUUUCAAAAAAUAAAGAUAAUGCUCUUAUCUACAAAUUGUAUCUUUUUCUUUAAAUUAAAUAACCUAAAUAGCCUAAAUUUGUGCUGAUUACCAUUUAUGUAAGAACCAAUUUAGGCUAACUUGGGAAAGUGAAGAUUCUUAGUCACUGGUUUUUAUUGUAUUUGUACUGUUUUAUAUAUUAAAAUAAUGCAAUAACCCGCAACAAGCAUAAUUUGUAUUUUAAAGUUGCACUUUAUUACAAUGUAUGAAGAAAGGUGUUCACAAAAUGUAGAUAGAGCCUCUGAUUGGACAUUAAUUUUAUUGCAAAUGUAACAUUAUGCACUUAAUGUCAGAUCCUGAGGGAAACAAUUAGUUUUGUUUUCCCUUGAGUCAUGAUGUUUCCCUUGACUUCGUCUUGGGAAGAUGUGUUCAUUCAGGAAAAAGAAAACUGGUAGUGUUUUUCCUACCUUCUGUCACACCACUUUCCACCAUGCUUUGAUCACGUGCUGUAAAGUUGCCCGAGCGGGGUACAUUGCUUAAUGUAUUAUGAUCGGGAUACAAAGUCAUUUGAUUUUAGUCAAUGCUGUGUGACCAAGAAUCAACCAAUGGCUGUCCCUGUUUAGUUCAGUGAAAGUGUAGGAAUAUAACAGAUACAGUUGUAUAUUGUACAACAUUGCCUAAAACAUUGUUAGCAUAAACUUUCAAUAAAUGAAUCUAGAUUGUUUCCUGUUGGUUUAAAUUUUAGUGUAGUUGCAUAUUUAAUAUAUCCUGUUUUUGAUGUUGUUGUUAUUGCAAUGUGUUCAAUUUUCCCUUUUUUUAAAAUUAGGGAUAACUGUCUUUUUUUGGAUUAUAGGCUGAACAAGAGGAAUUUCAGCAAUUUCAACAAGCUCAAGCAGCAGCUUUCCAACAACAACAACAACAACAACAAGAGGAAUUUCAGCAAUUUCAACAAGCUCGAGCAGGAGCUUUCCAACAACAACAACAGACACUUCAACCCAGCACAUCAACUCUACCUCCUCCAGCAACCCAGUGACCCUUAUUAUAGUUCAAAAGACUGUCCUGCCUCUUAACUUAAUUUUUAGAAUUAUUUCGCCUCCCUCCCCUCUUUGCUCAGCUCUCUCACUGUAAACCCAUCCUCUGGAAUGGUACCAGAUUAACAAAAAUAGCCUGAGAAGUUGGAUUAUGAAGACUGUGCAGAAAGGUUGCAUUUGUCUGGGCAGCAAGUGCCAUAUAUUCAGGAUAAAGUAAAAUUUUUAGUUUCCAGUGUUGGUAGGGGUAUGGUCACGGAGGAUUGAGAAAAUGGAAUAAAAAAGAAUCACUCCUCUUUCCCCAGUGUCCCUACUACUAUUUCAGUUAUCCCUUUAAGCCUUAUCAUCAAACUGCAUACUUUCCAUACUGUUCUUCUAACAUUUCUUAAAACAUGCACUGGAGGAAUAUUGUUGCGAGGAAAUUCUUUUAUAUUCUUAGAAUCUUAAUGUCUCAUUAAAAUAAUCAGCGACACACAUAAGGAGUAUUUAGAUGCAUGGUGGUCAUUUUUAGGGCUGCAAAGUUUAAUAGACUCUAGGGCAGUCAGUAGUCUCACCACAAGGCGACUGCUAGAGCAUCAAAGUUGAGGGAUGAUUGCGAAGCAAGCAAAAGUGAGCAAAGAAGUCAGGAGAUGAGUAGAAACUGAAAGUAUGCUUUGAGAAAGUCUAGGCUAGUGAAAUAAGGUGAAAAUAAUCUGUGCAAACAAAAAUCCCUUUUUUACAGUCAAAGCUCUGCUGACCAACACCUCUUGUAUGUAGAUGGUUUAAUUUUUUUGUCCAUUUGUUCUAAGCCCAUUAUUAUACAUUACCAAACCCAAAAACAAAGGAAAUGAAAAUUAAAUCAAGGACAAAAUUGAACCACAACAUAGACCCCCCUCAAGUGGACACAGCCAUAAUUAUGUAGAUAAACCUCUGCUACUGCAGAUCUCCCGUAGGUUGACUCCACCCGUAAGUGCAACCUCGGUCAUGAGUUCCCAGCCACAUAAAGUAAACCUUGUUAACAGAAACCCCCUGUGCAGUACACAGUAAAAACCCGCAUAUAAGAGCCUAGUGAUUUAAGAACCUACAGGCUGAAAUUUAGCAUUUAAAUACCCAAAAUAUGAAAAGGUGUAUAGCCUGACCUCGAAAAUUGUAGGUUCUUAUAUAUGCGUUUUUACUGUAAUCUCUCUUAUCCCUUCAAGUCCCUAGAGUGACCAACAUUGGUUUUCUCCUAACAAUAUCAUUAUCAGUACACAAUCAAGAGACUCGGUUAUGGGAAUUAAUGAAAUGAUCACCACAGGGAAAUAAUAUACACUUGAUGACUGGUCACGAGGGAAACAGUUCAUUGAGAUUCUCGGGAGAACAAAAUUUGCUGUUUCCUGGAGGACCAGUCUUUGAGUGAUUUGUUAUAUAGCUGGAAAUUUUGAGGUUGGAAAGUCAUUAAACCUCGCUGUAACGGCGAUCAUCGGUCAACACUCGCGGGUAACAUUGCAUUGUUACCCUCUGACGUCAUAGAUUUGUUGCAUAGAUUUUGGCGGGAAACAGUUUCAUUGUUAUAUGUCAUGUAACCUCGAAGUAACCAAUGAGACCGCGUGCUCUUGAGAAGAAAUUUCCAGCUAUAUAGCAAUGCUCUUUAUCAAAUUCUCUUAACUCAUUCGUUUAGGAGUAAUUUGUUAUGGAGAUCAUGUCUGGAGAAUGUGUAUGUGGAUAUUGGGGCUUAAAAGAUUAAGCGACAGUUACAGUUCCAUCCACAUUGCCGCUCCUUUGGGGGCUUCUUCUGUGGUUCUGAUGGUGUCCGCAAUCAUUGUGUUUGAAUAAAAAUGCCUGAAAGUAACAUGUUUGCUGAGGUGAAAUUAUCAUGGAUAAUAGAAAGACUGGGUGUUUCUAUUAUCCAUGAAAUUAUGUAGCCUAUUAUCUGUUAAAAUGCAAAUAUGUUCUGUUCUGCUUUUUACUUCCUAGCGAAAUAAAGAUACAAAUGAAAAGUAAUAUCGUACUUACCAUUUGAUGCAAUCUAAGCUAAAUUUUUUUUCUUGUUUUUGUUUGCCUUUUGUCAUCUGGUGCAGGUAACUACCCCAUGUCAAAAGUAGACAAUUCCCCGAGAUAAAAAGAAAUCUUGUGUUUUAGCAAGAGAAAAUAAUGGGGGAGAGAGUGAAACGCCCAGUCUAUCCCAUGGAAUUUGUGAAUUUCACGCAAGUUAUUUUUAGAAUCGGAAGUUGAUUUCCGGAGAGGUUCGCAAACAUUCAUUGAGCGUUAUCAAGAGAAGAAAAUGGGAUAUUAUGCUCUUUUGGUGUGUC